CAGCGGCUCGUGCAUUCUUUCGACCUCAACUCUGCUCCAUUGUCGUGCAUACACGCGCAACGACUACAACAACAAGGGGACAUUGACAAUAACAACGACCACCUCGACUCUCACCUUCUCUUUGUAUCAGUGACGAUCCGACACACGCGCCUUGGCCGCGUUCCCCGCGUCGUAACAACACGACGACUACACUGCCCGCCAAGGUUUACAACACCAGACACCGCCCCCUCCAGUGUCCCCCACCCUGGCAACACCCACCUCCACGCGUAGAGUCCAACUCACGGCCUUUGUUCAACCCCCCUCGAGUCUCCCGGUCCAUCGUUGUCUCUUCUCUUGCAUACAGUACUCUCAAUCAAGCAUCCCAAUAGACAUUUAUACAUUCCACAUCCACAUCCACGACGGAGCGCCGGCAACGAGCAGGUCUCUUGCCCCAUUCCACAUCGCGCCCGGGACGACCCCCCACUUCCACGCCGUCACGCAAGGACGCUCGUUCUCAAGAUAACGCACAGUCUUCCCUCUUGACACCACCACAACCACCACCACCAUGUCCACCGAUGCCAACGACGCCCUCCUCGAGGCCUUCAAGCUGCGAAACGAAGCCCUCGGCGGCACAGCCAAGGGUAUCGCCGUCCAGAUUGGCUUGAUGAGUGGUAUCUCGGUCGCAACCGUGCUCGCAUUCUCGUUCCUUCGGCCACGAGAUACCAAGGUGUACGCGCCCAAGGUCAAGUACCAGAUGGCGCCGCCGCAGAACCCACUCGAUGACCCAGACUACGAACCGCCUCCACCGCCAGUAUCAAACGGCCUGUUUGCAUGGCUCAGCCCCGUCGUCAAUGUCAAGGAACAUGAUAUGAUCGCCAACAUUGGUCUCGACGCCGCGACAUUCCUUCGCUUUGUUAGAAUGCUCCGGACGACGUUCAUCUUCGUGUCCAUCUUCGCCGCCGGACUUCUCGCUGUUGACGUUAUCUACAACCUCAAGUACUUGCCGAGCGCGAACCGCACCAUCUUGACGACCAUCACACUCCAGAAUGUCAAAGGCUCCUGGGUGUGGCCUGCCCUCGGCGUCAGCUACUGCAUCAACUUCAUCGUCAUGUUCCUUGUCUGGCGCAACUGGCAGGCAAUGGUCCAGUUACGACAGACGUGGUUCCGGUCACCUGGGUACCAGUCAAAGGUCAACUCGCGUACUCUGAUGAUCACCCGAGUCCCGAAGCAGUACCGCAGCGACGAGGGUGUCAUUCACCUCCUUACGCAGCUCAAACUCGAUGGCAUCAAGAUCGCCAACAGCAUCGAGAACGCGUCAGUCGGCCGUCGACUGGGAGACUUCCCUCACCUAGUCGACGAACACAACGAAGCAGUCAAGGAUCUCGAAAAGGUCCUAUGCAAGUACCUCAAGGGCGGCAAAAUGGCUAGCAAGCGGCCAAUGAUGCGCAUUGGAGGCUUCAUGGGCAUGGGAGGGAAGAAGCACGAUGCUAUCGAUUACCUCGCCAAGCAGAUCAAGUUCCUCCGUGACAAGGUCGACCAGCAGCGCCAGUACAUUGACUCUCUUAUUCGCCAGGUCAAGUCGGCGAAGAAGGGCGGGCGUCCACCUCCCCGCAUUGAAGGCGACAACUUUGGCUUUGUCACCUUCAAAACGAUUGCCGAGGCGCACCGCAUCGCGCGUAUGCACCGCGGUCCGAUCAAGGAGCUCGGAGGAGCUGUCAUCCAGCUGGCACCGGUCCCAAGCGACAUUGUGUGGAAGAACAUCAACAAGGACCCGAAGGAACUGUCGUCCACCAAGGUCAUUGGGUUCGUUCUCAUUGGUCUGCUCGGGUUUGUCAACCUUCUCCCCAUUGUUGGCAUCUCGACCCUGUCUAGCUUGGCCCAAUUUGCUCAGAUGUGGAACUGGGUCAGAGUGUGGAGCCAGCAGAGCAGCUUUACACUUGGCCUCGUUACCGGCCCGCUCCCUCCUAUCCUCUCGGCAACCUUCUCCUUCUUUCUUCCCAUCGUCAUGCGCAAGAUUUGCAAGUACCAAGGCACCAUCACCAAGACGCGUCUCGACCGUUCGCUCACGGCUCGCUACUUCUUCUUUAUGGUAUUUGCCUACUUGUUCGUCUUUGUGCUCGUCGGCACGAUUUACGGCAUCGUCAGCACGGCUGUCAGCCUGGGCAUCAAGAAGGACGGCGACGGCGUCAUCAAGAUUCUGAAGGAUAUCCCCAGCUCCAUUCAGCAGUCAUAUGUUUCGACCAGUACCUACUGGCUCAACUGGCUGCCUCUCCGUGGUUUCCUCGUCUUCUUUGAGCUCAUCCAGCUGUUCAAGCUCGCCUUGGUGUCCAUCCGCCGCUUCAUGUUCUCUUACACCCCUCGCGACAUUCGCGAGUUGACCAAGCCGCCCUACUUUGAGUACCCGGUCGUCGCCGUCAACCUGCUCUUUGUCGCCACCGUCGCACUGGUGUACGCACCGAUCGCGCCAAUGGUCCCAAUCGGCGCCCUAAUCGUCUUCUGGUUCUCCACCGUCGUUUACAAGUACCAGCUACUUUACGUCUAUGUCUCUCGCGCGGAGAGCGGCGGCCGCAUGUGGAACGUCUACGUCAACCGGUUGAUCAUCAACUGCCUCCUGAUGCAGCUGCUCAUGGUGCUCACAACGGGUCUCAUUCGUGACCAGUGGCUGGAUGCCAUUGCUGCUGUCCCACCGCUCAUUAUCAUGAUUGGCUUCAAGAUCGCCCUUCACCAAACUGUCGAGCACAAGUUCAAGUACUACCUGCCAACUCCUCAGGAGGUCGAGCAGCAGCAGCAACGGGCCUUGUUUAGCGAGAAGCACGGCAAGCGUCAGGACCUCUCGCGUCGCUUCCUGCACCCUUCUCUUCAGCCCAAGGCCCUCUACCAGGUCAUGGUACACAAGAGCCAGGAAUCGCUCGCCCGUCAGGUCCUCUCCGCCUACCCCUGGUUCGCUGGCAAGCACAAGCACGAUGGCGUCGAAAUCAAGGCUGUCCGCGAGGAGAACCUCGAGUACGACCCAGACCGCGAUGCUCCUUCCGAGGCCCAGCAGGACGCCUGGGAGACGAGGUCGAUUGCAUCAACUGCCGCCUUCAGCAAGGUCGAGGACGGUUCAAUCUCGCGUCCAGGGCUCCACCACUCCAACGAGUCCGAGUCGUUUGUGCCGCUACACACUGCCAACCGUUCCACCGAUGAGCUCCUCAACCACAGUGCACCCGUUUCCCUCUCUGGCCACCGUGGUAGCGAGGACGGUCAGGCUCCGCUUCUCAACCGUAAUCAGUGGGAUCAGACCCCGGCCGACUACAGCCACGGCGGCGUGCCCUACCCUCCUAGUUCAUUCAACCAAGGGCCAUAUGGCUACCACAAUGCGCCUCCUCUUCGCUACGACACGAGUGGUGAUCUGGGCCGCUUCAACCAGGGUUACAACGACCCGUACGAGAACCGUGGCCACCAAGGCUCGGGUGUUGGCUCUGGAGGCUCUGGCGGAGGUUACGCUCCCCAGGCCUAUGGCCAGCGCGGCUACACUCCGGAGCCAUACAACCCCGGCUACGACCAGCGGUAUGGAGGUGCCUCGCCCCACAGCUUGGCGACCUCUCCACAACGGUUCAACCACUUUGCCCCCCUCUCCCCCGACGCGGUCAACAACCAGCUCGACGAUGUCGGCGGCGAGAUGAGCGCAAUCCUCGGCCUCGUGCCGCGCACGACCGACUCGAGCCCCGACUCGGCACCCAAAGGCCCAUUGCUAACGUACUCGCGCGUCCAGCUGUUGCAGCUCGGCCGCCGCGGCGUCGUACCCUCCGGCAUGGGCCCGCUCGAGAGCUGGUUCGGCACCAUGCAGCCCGCGAGCGGAGGAGCGAGGUCCUCGCACCCGCCGGGCCUGGAUGACCCCGCCAUCGCUGCGAUCCAGGGGCCUGGCGGUCGCGGUGGCCGCGCGCAGGCGGCCGGCAGCUUUGGCGACGGCUUUGGUUUUGGCGGCGGAAUCGGUGGACGUGGCCUCGGACGUGGAACGCGCAACAUUGGCCUCAGGCGGCAGCCCGAAGGACCUGUCGACCCAGCAAUCGCAGAGCAAGGACGCAGCAGGGAGAACUUUGGUGGUCAGAUGGGCAAGUUCUCAGUGCGCGCGCCUGGAGACCGUGGCAUGAGGCUGGGCGGCGAUGAGGCGCCAAAGGGCCGCGACCGCCCUAACGGCGAGGCAUCCUCACGCAGGCCUCCUGGCUUUGGCGGCCGUUUCGACGACGACGCCGAGCCGGCAUGGAUGAGCGACGGUCCAGCAUCCAGCGCGACUGCAUUGGAAGACCCAGCAAUCGCCGGCGCCAGCUCGUCCGGGGACCCGUCCGAUCCUUUGAUCAAGUUUAUCCCAGGCGAGGACAUGAUUGCUGCGCACAAGCGCGCAAUGAAGAACCGCGGUGGACCAGGAGCAGGAGGAGACAACUGGCGCGGUGCUGGCGACAAGCCGCUCGUGUCGUUCUUUGGCGGCGCACCAGCACCCGCUGCGCCCGCAGCCCCUGCCAAGCCCAAGGAAGUCAACGUCGCCAGCUACUUCAAGCACCGCGUAUUCGACGACGACGAGGCCGCGCAGAAGAAGGAGGAGCCCGAGCCCGAGACAAACGCAUUCCAGAGCCGUUUCCAGCGCUUCUUCAACUCGGGUGCCGCUGGCGGCCCCAUGCCUCCUCCGCAGUCGACCAGCCCCGCCAACGUUCCGCAGCAGCAGCAGUUGCAGCAGCACCAGUCGGUCCCCCAGCCCCAGCACCAACAACGACCAUCCGAGGCCCGCUCCCCGCCCCCGCACGACAUUAUCACGUCUCCUCAGCAGGCAUCACCCGCUGGCCCGCCUCCGGUCGAUGACCGCAUGGCCAUGCUCAUGGGAAUGCUCACCACCAAAGGUCCGAGCCCGGCUCCUCGCCCCAACUCGACGGAAGCGCGUCCCCAGUUCCAUGGGUACAAUGGGCCAGCACCGCCCGGUCUUGGCCCGGUGACUCCCCAGCCAUUGUCACCGCACGGACCCCCAUCGCACCCCAUCUCUCCUCAGAACGCUCAGCGCUCGCCCAACGUCGAGUUCUCUGGCCAAGACUAUCUCAGCUCACGUGACCCUCGUGACCACCAACUUGCCGAGCAACACGGCAUGCUCCCUCAGCACUAUGGUGGCGGCCCUCCUCCCGGCGUCGACCCCCGCUACCCUUACCCUCCUCAGCAGCAAGGUCCCCAGCAAGGCUACCGCCCAUCCAUGCGCCCCGGCGAGCUGCCUGCUGGCCCCCGUCCAUUCUUUGACGCUCGCGGCCCCCCACCUCCCCAAGACUCGCGCGGCCAGCUUCCUCCCGACCUCCUCCAGCUGCUCAACCAGACUCCCCGCCCGCCCAUGGGUCCUGGACAGCCCAUGGGUCCCGGACAGCCCAUGCCUGGCCCGCCGAUGGGCAUGCUCCCUCCCCACCCGAUGCAGUUUGGCCCCGGUCCUCCUCGCGGCGGCCCAACUCCCGACGACCUCCUCCGCAGCCUCCAGGCUGGGCCAGGUGGCCCCACGUCCCCCGGCGGUGGCCCUCCCCCCGGCUACCUCCCCAUGCCGCGCCCGCAGCAGGGUGCUGGUGGCCCACCAGGCCCCUACCCUCCCCCGCCCAACAUGCAGCAGGGCUUCCUUCCCCCGGGACCCUUCCCCUUCCAACAGGGCCCGCCGCGUCCCAUGCCGCCUGGCGUGUUCAACGGCUCACCGAUGGCGCCGUACGGCCAAGGCCCGCCCGGCGGUGGUGGCGGCGGCAACCCCGACAUGCUCGCUGCGCUGCUCAACGGGGCCGCGCCGCGGUCCCACUAGCUGCGCAUGAGCACACACAACAAACAACGAGCCGCUGGCCUCGGCUCCGCUCCAACAACACAUGACUCCUCCGACUCUGGCACGCGCUAGCCUCCAUCCGUAUCGUUCCGUACCAUGCAUCUGUACCUCUGUAAAGUGCUCUAUCCCUGACCAGUGUACCGCUUCCUGCUCCAGGCGCGCCAUGUGUCGGCCCAGAUCUCGUGCUCGGCCGCGCCGCCCGCCCCGUCCCCGAGGCCGAACGGCGCGCCGACACCCUCGCCUUCCCUCCCGCGUCCGUCGGCACGGCCGCCAGCAGUGACAAUGUCGCAGAGGCUGAACAGGCCCGGCUCGAGCUCGCGCCGCACGGCAGUUGACAAGCCUGCCCACGGGUCGGCAGCUGCGCGCGCAUACGCCACAAGCAGGGCAGGCGCAUGCUUGGCCAACGGCCCUGCGAGGGUCCGCGCCGGGGCGUCGCCCGUCGUCGGCAGCUUGGCCGUGGCGAGGUUCGUAAAUGCGCGCGCUAGCAGCGCGGCGUGUGCGGCUGCCGGGUCAUCAUCCCGGGGCUCGAUGGCGAGCCAGAACGGCUUCCGGGUCCCCUUUGUCCGCGCGCCACGCUUGCGCUGGAGGAGGGGGAAGAAGGCCGCGAGCACGCCCACCAGCGCAGGGAGGUGCGCGAGGGCGAUGUCGGCGCGAUGGCGCACAAGCGUGAUGAGCGGGCUGAGCGCCGCGGGCACGAGGUGCGGUGCGCAGGCGGCCGGCCUGUCGGAGGAGGGGACGAGCGCGGCCGCGAUAGCGGACAGGAUGAGCGCGCCGUCUGGGGCGCGGAGGAGGCCGGUGCGGUCGUCGACCAGCGCGGACAGCACGGCCAGCGCCUGCGCGAUCACGCCGACGCAGCCGCGCAUCGCGCCCUCUAGCGAGAGGAGGAGCGGGUGGAGGAGCGUCGCGAUCGCGCGGCCCGAGCCCUCGACCGGCGCCGAGACGAGCAGGGAGAUGGCGCGCAGCGCGCCCUCUGCUUCCGCGUCGCGCUGGCUGGCGACGAGGGAGGAGGCCGCGGUGAGCGCCGCAGUGAACGUCUCGCUGGUGAGCGUCUUGGCGUAGGACGCGAACGCCGUGUCCAGUGCUGUGUCUGAGGGAAACGUGGCGCGGAGGACGAUGAAGGCUGCGAGGACGGCUUCGGCCUCGGCCGAGGCCGAGAGGUCGAACGCGACGACUGCGAGCUCGGCGUCGCGCGUCCGCACAAUGGACGAGAGGAGGGCCGCUCCCGUCUUGUCGGACACUGGGGAGCCGAGCCAGGACGAGAAGCGCGCCAGCGAGCGCCAGGAGCGGAACACUUCGGCGUUGGCGGCCGGCGAGGCGAGCGCGCUCUCGACCACGGGGGCAAGUGCCGCCCGCGCGACGGCCUCCAGCUCGCCGAGCUUGGACUUGACGUCCGCGCUGAAGCGCUCAGCGUUGCCCGAGGCCACAAUGUCCUCGAGGAGCAGCGCGACGGCGCGCGAGCGCACAUCGGUGGGGUCCUUGAACGACUUGGACUUGAUCGCCUCGUCGAGCGUGGCGAUCAGAGGUGCGGGGUCGCGGGCGGCCAACUUGGCAAUGUGCUGGUAUGCAAGGUGCACCAGCGCGAGGGUCGCGUCGGCCAGCUCUGGAGAGGACGCCGAUUUCAACAGCUUCUUGACCACCUUGGCGUCGGUGAGCGGGCCGUACACGUCGGCGCUGGCCAGCCUCGCCAGCCAGGUCCGGAUGGCCACCUGUGUCUCCGGCGAAGCGUCCUUGUCAACAGCGUAGGCUGCAUCCAGGAGCGCAGUACGCGCGCCCUUGGACAGCCACGCGGCGGGACAGGUAGAGAGGACGACGAACGCGCCGCGCGACUUGGCGGCGUCGACGAGCGCCUUGAGCAGCGCUGCGCGGAACGCAGGCAGCUCCCACGUGUCGGCGGAGGACAGGAGGCGCUGGAUCGCCGCGCCGACUGACAGACCCGGCUCGGCACCAGCGCGCGAGAUGACGAUGGAAACGAGACGCUCGAGCUGGGCAGGUGUGGCGGUCACGUCGAGCGGCGCGAGCCCACCCUGCGCGACGAUCGUCCACGCUGCUGCGGCGAGCGUCUUGUCCGUAACGCCCGCCUCGCGCCCUGUCCACGCGCGCUUCGGUGACGCGUCGAGCGCGUGCAGCAGGGCGUCAACGGACGCGGCGCGGUGCGCGUCUUCGUCGUGGGCAAACAGGGAUAACCGGGUGUACAGGUAGUGUGUAAUCUCAAGCUGGAGCUCUGGCACGACUCCCGGCGCCUCAAGCAGACCGCACAGCGCGCCCACGUCCAGCCCGUACUCCGCUUUGCGGUGGAGGAGGCCGGCCGAGCGCGCGACGCGGAGGCGAGCAGCGAAGGCGAGGUCGCCGGCGAUAUCCCGCGCGCCAACGUCCGACUUGCGCUUCUUCUUCGGCGCGUCGGCAUCACCAGCCGCCGCGGGGAUCUCAGCGUCGGCGAACGCACGCGCCGCGGCGCCGAUGGCCGCCUCGACGUGCUCGACGCCUGGGCGCGCACGCGCGCCGGCAUCAAGCAC